AAUUUUAAGGAAAAAAUAGCGUGCGUGCAGUUUAACAGAAGAUCUCUGCAAAUCGUCUCCGAGAGAAAUGGUCAAAGGUUUCUUCGCGGUGACGAUGAAUGGCCGAUCUACUCAAUUCAAUCACUCGAAUUAGUAUUAUAUUUUUGAUCUAAAAUAAAUUUAAGAAACCAAACCAGGGAGGAAAUAUUGGUCUGUGAGAAAAGAGGAAGCAAAAGAAAAGACCCAACUUUUCCUCUUUAUCUGUGGGGAGUGAUGGGCGAUAAAGAGAAGAAGAAAAAGAAGAGAGGAGGGGCGAAGAGGAACAUGGAAGUUGAGCAGAGAGUGGCAUACAAAGCUGUGAGGGAGUGGGUUUUCUUGGAGCAAUCGAAUAGUUGUGGAAAUUCAAUGGAUACUUGUGUUGUUGAUGAUGAUUUUGGGGUGCAAUGCUACCAGCCCAAGGAGAAGCUUGUCUUUGAAUUUCACUGCCAUACAACAUGCAGCGAUGGAUUCUUGUCCCCUACAAAGCUUGUCGAGAGAGCUCAUCACAGAGGGCUUUUGUGCUUAUUGUGCUUAAAAGAGAGUCACAACACCGAAAUUCCAUGGGCUGAAAUUCAUCAGGUGAAAGUGUUGGCUUUGACAGACCAUGACACAAUGUCUGGCAUCCCCGAAGCCAUGGAAGCAGCUCACAGACUUGGCAUCAAAAUUAUUCCUGGUGUUGAAAUCAGUACAAUUUUCUAUUCAAGGUUGUUUAUUCUUAAUUUGGGUUCUGUGCUCUGCUCGACAAAACAAAAAGGGGAUUCAGGAGUGCAAGAAUCGGUUCACAUCCUUGCUUAUUACAGUAGCUGUGGUCCUACAAAUUCUGCAGCACUGGAGAAGUUUUUAGGGGAUAUUCGGGAUGGCCGAUUCCUCCGUGCAAAGAACAUUAUUUCAAAGCUGAACAAACUCAAGCUGCCAAUUAGGUGGGAAACCGUGACAAAUAUAGCAGGAAAAGGCGUUGCACCCGGAAGACUUCAUAUUGCCCGUGCUAUGCUUGAAGCGGGACACGUAGAAAAUCUGAAACAGGCAUUUGCCAGUUAUCUUCAUGAUGACGGACCUGCUUACUCAACUGGAAGCGAGCCCAUUGCAGAGGAUGCAGUGCGUUUUAUACGUGAAACCGGGGGUGUUGCAGUAUUGGCACACCCAUGGACUCUCAAAAACCCUUCUGCUAUAGUCAGGAGACUUAAGGAUGCUGGCUUACACGGCAUAGAGGUUUAUAGAAGCGAUGGAAAGCUGUCAGAAUAUAGUGAUCUAGCAGAUACACACGAUUUGUUGAAGCUCGGAGGAUCCGAUUAUCAUGGGAGAGGGGGCCAUCAGGAGUCAGAUGUGGGAAGUACAAGUGUUCCUAUCAUGGUUGUACAAGAAUUCCUUAAGGUCGCUCGACCAAUCUGGUCUAACGCCAUUCAGGAAAUACUUGAGAACUACAUCAAAGAUCCUUCCGACUCAAAUUUGCAAGGUAUCGUCAAAUUCGGAAAAAUGGCAAUUUCCAAGACAAGUUUGAGUUUGGGCAGUGCAAGCGACUUGAUUAACCAGUGCUUGGCGUCAUGGCUGUCCAAAGAAGAACGAGAGAAUUCCAAGUUUGAGGCCAUCAAGUUAGAGUUGGAAGCCAAUGCUGAAACAGGUAGAUGUUGAACUGCAUUUUUCUUCAAUUUUGUUUCAUCCAUAAAAGAGCCUAAUCCAUACAGUUUGGGGUGAGUUGGGGAGAAUUUCCAGAAAACAGGCAUACUUUCUUUGUAUUGUAUUAAUUUCAUGCCUACUUUCUGUUGUAACUAUUCUGUAUUAGAAUGCUUCAAAAUUUAGAGUCUCAUUAUUAGUAUUUUUAAA